AUGCUGCGUCGAUCGGGAAGGAUCGACCGGAUUUUGAAGGCGUGCACUCGCGGCGGCUCUUCGUAUGAGCGGCUUCCGAUUGACGCAAAAUGGGCGGCAAUCGCUUCGAAGGCGAUGAAGGGGAAAGACGCGAAUACCCUGAUGUACAACACGCCCGAGGGUAUCCCGAUCAAGCCGUUGUACACGGCCACCGACCGAAAGUGCGAUCAGGGAAAGGAGAAUGAGCUUCCCGGCACCUUUCCGUUCACCCGAGGGCCCUACCCGACAAUGUACACGCAGCGCCCGUGGACCAUCAGACAAUACGCCGGAUUUUCGACUGUAGAAGAAUCCAACAAAUUCUACAAGGACAACAUCAAGGCCGGCCAGCAGGGGCUUUCCGUCGCCUUCGAUUUGGCCACCCAUCGAGGAUAUGAUUCCGACAACCCGCGUGUAUUUGGUGAUGUCGGCAUGGCGGGCGUGGCCGUGGAUACUGUUGAGGACAUGAAACAGCUCUUUGAUGGGAUCCCGCUUGACAAGAUGAGUGUCUCGAUGACGAUGAACGGGGCCGUCAUCCCGGUGCUGGCGAUGUUUAUUGUAGCAGGAGAAGAGCAGGGCGUGCCGAAGAAGCUGCUCUCCGGCACUAUCCAGAAUGACAUCCUCAAGGAGUUUAUGGUCCGCAACACCUACAUCUACCCGCCCGAGCCCUCGAUGCGGUUGAUCGGCGACAUUUUUGCCUACACCAGCGCCCACAUGCCGAAAUUCAACUCGAUUUCGAUUUCGGGAUACCAUAUGCAGGAAGCCGGAGCCGACGCCGUCCUCGAAAUGGCCUUCACAAUUGCCGACGGGCUAGAGUACUGCGCGACGGGGCUGAAGGCCGGGCUGGAGAUUGACAAGUUCGCCCCGCGACUCUCCUUCUUCUGGGGCAUUUCGAUGAAUUUCUAUAUGGAGAUCGCCAAGAUGCGCGCGGCGCGUCGGCUUUGGGCGCACCUCGUCAAGGAGCGCUUCUCCCCGAAGGACGCCAAGUCGAUGAUGCUGCGCACGCACUCGCAGACCUCUGGGUGGUCGCUGACCGAGCAGGACCCCUACAACAACAUCAUCCGCACGUGCAUCGAAGCCAUGGCUUCCGUGUUCGGCGGCACACAGUCGCUGCACACCAAUUCAUUUGACGAGGCGCUCGGCUUGCCCACCCCGUUCUCCGCCCGAAUCGCGCGCAACACACAAAUCAUCAUCCAGGAAGAGAGCGGCAUUUGUAAGGUAGCAGAUCCCUGGGGCGGCUCUUACAUGAUGGAGUCGCUGACCGACGAGAUGUACGAGGCCGCGCUGAAGAUUAUCAAGGAGAUCGACGAGCUGGGCGGGAUGGCCAAGGCAGUGGCCAGCGGCAUGACGAAGCUGCGCAUCGAGGAGGCCGCUGCCCGAAAACAGGCCCGCAUCGACGCCGGAAAGGACGUGAUCGUCGGCGUCAACAAGUACCGGCUGGAGAAGGAAUCCCCGAUCGAAGUGCUGCAAAUCGACAACAAGAAGGUGCGCGAGUCGCAGAUCGCCAAAAUUCAGCACAUCCGCGCCACCAGGGACAAGGCGGCCGCCGAAAGGGCUUUGAAGCAGAUUGAGGAGUUUUCCGGCGGCAAGGGCAACCUGCUCGAGGCGGCCGUGGCGGCGGCGAAGGCGCGCUGCACGGUGGGCGAGAUUUCGGACGCGAUGGAGAAGGUGUUCAACCGACACACUGCCGUCAACCGGCUCGUCUCCGGCGCGUACAAGAACGAAUUUGGCGAGACCAGCGAGAUCAACGGGGUGCUCGAACGCGUCACGCAAUACGCCCAAAAAGAGGGCCGUCAACCGCGGAUCAUGGUGGCCAAGAUGGGCCAGGACGGGCACGACCGCGGCGCCAAGGUCAUCGCCACCGGAUUCGCCGACCUCGGCUUCGACGUCGACGUGGGCCCGCUUUUCCAAACACCAGCAGAAGCCGCACAACAGGCCGUCGACGCCGACGUGCACGUCAUCGGCGCCUCGUCACUUGCCGCCGGCCACUUGACGCUCGUGCCGCAGCUGGUCGACGAGCUGAAGAAGCUCGGCAGGGAGGACAUCCUCGUUGUCGCCGGCGGCGUCAUCCCGCCCCAAGAUUACGACGCGCUGCACAAGGCCGGCGUGGCGCUGAUCUUUGGCCCGGGCACGCGGCUCCCCGUUUGCGCCAAUAAUAUCCUCGAGAAGCUCGAAGCGAAGCUGGCCGCAUCAAGCCGAGCC